AGCUCUGGACAAAAGAAGAAGACAGAACAACAGAAUUGCAACUUCCUGUUGAGUAAAUCAUUGAGACAUCAUGGCACAGCCGGUCAGCCGCUCACCCUUCCUCAAGCCCUUCUUCCUGAAGUCGCCUGUGAGGGUGGUCAGCCCUCUGCAACAAAGACGACACACGCUCCCUGCCAGCGAGUUCAGGAACCUCACGCCACAGGACGCCAUCAGUGUGUUUGAGAUCGAGAGAGAAGCAUUCGUCUCUGUGUCUGGAGAGUGUCCCCUCACCCUGGAUGAGGUGCUGAACUUCCUGAGUCAGUGCCCUGAGCUCUCACUGGGCUGGUUUGAAGAGGGACAGCUGGUGGCUUUCAUCAUUGGCUCUGGCUGGGACAAGGAGAGGCUUUCACAAGAGGCCAUGACUCAGCACGUUCCAGACACCCCCGCUGUGCACAUCCAUGUGCUGUCGGUGCACCGCCACUGCCGCCAGCAAGGCAAGGGCUCCAUCCUCUUGUGGCGCUAUUUGCAGUACCUGCGUUGCGUACCGGGCCUCCGACGAGCUCUGCUGAUUUGCGAGGACUUCCUGGUGCCUUUCUACCUCAAGGCCGGCUUCAAAGAGAAGGGCCCAUCAGCCAUCUCCGUGUCCAACAUGCACUUCCAUGAGAUGGAGUACAUGAUCGGUGGGCAGGCAUACACCAGGAGGAACAGUGGCUGUUAGUCCCUCGAUUCCAAAGACCAACCUAAUGCUUCGACUUACUAACCCACAUUAACAGACUCAGGGCAGAAGAGAUUUAGAAAACCCAGUUGACAGACGGAGAGAUUGAAGCGCAGGGCCAGUAAACACCAGUGGACUGGGUUCAGUAUCCUCAUGUGCAGCUCAAAGCUUGCUUUGACCCACUGAGCGAGGAGUGACGACUGUGUUAGGCCAGAACGGACAGAGAGUGGAUUCCCUUCUUCAUGCAAGAAAAGAUACGAAACAGCGGCUUUGAAGAUGAUAAUUGGGCUUAACAGACAUUCAAUUAUUUUCCUUUUCCUACUGGUAACAACCAGUAACAUAUUGUAAGCUCUAAACUGUUUUACCAUCUAAUCAUUCAUAUUUCAUGGUUUGUAAUUUAAUCAAGGUAACAAAUAGGAAAAAAAAUAAACCUUGAGUUGUGGU